AUGAGCGAGCUGCCAACCACUGAGAAGCCCGUGGGCUCCAAGGCUCUUCACCCAGCCUUCUUCAUCGCGAGCUGGAUCUUCUUCUCCAACUUGACCAUCCUCUUCAACAAGUGGCUGCUUGACACAGCCGGCUUCACCGUGAUCCUCACUUUUUGGCAUCUCGUCUUCUCCACCCUGGCAACCCAGGUGCUGGCGCGCUUCACCUCCCUCCUCGAUGGCCGCCACAAGGUCAAGAUGACGGGCCGCGUCUACCUGCGCGCCAUCAUGCCCAUCGGCGUCCUCUACUCGGGCUCCCUCGUCUGCUCCAACCUGGUCUACCUCUACCUCUCCGUCUCCUUCAUCCAGAUGCUCAAGGCCGCCGCCCCAGUCGCCGUCCUCUUCACCAGCUGGAUCUGGGGCGUCGCCGACCCCUCCAUGAAGACCUUUUACAACAUCCUCCUCAUCGUCGGCGGCGUCGGCCUCGCCUCCUUUGGCGAGAUCGAGUUCUCCUGGAUCGGCUUCAUCUUCCAGAUGGGCGGCAUCAUCUUCGAGGCCAUCCGCCUCGUCAUGAUCCAGGUCCUCCUCAAGGGCGACGAGAACGCCCAAAAGAUGGACCCCCUCGUCAGCCUCUACUACUACGCCCCCGUCUGCGCCGUCAUGAACUUCUUCGUCGCCUGGUUCAGCGAGUUUGGCAAGUUCAACGUCGAGGACUUUAACAAGGUCGGCUUCACCAUGCUGCUCCUUAACGCUAGCGUCGCCUUUGCCCUCAACAUCUCCAGCGUGUUCCUCAUCGGCAAGACGUCAGGCCUCGUCAUGACCCUCACCGGCAUCCUGAAAAACAUUCUCCUCAUCGUCGUCUCCGUCCUCAUCUGGCACACCAGCAUCACAGCCCUGCAGUUCAUCGGCUACGCCGUCGCCCUCUUCGGCCUCGUCAUCUACUCCACCGGCUGGGACCAGCUCAAGGCCUCGAGCGCCGGCGCCGUCGCGUGGUCCCGCGGCGUCUGGAACUCCCACGCCCUCGACGAGGGACGCCUCUCGCCCCUCCUCCGCCGCGCCAUCUUCUUUGGCCUGCUCACACUCAUCACCCUCAUGGUCGUCAUGGGCUUCGCCUACAAGGGCGCCGCGGCACCGGCCGACUGGUUUGCCAAGGUUGGCGCCGUCAGUGCCUAG